GUUUGGACAUCUAUUCGUGAUCCCAUGUUUUAUAUCGGAUUUUAAAACAUCGCUCAUCACACUCGCAUAUUCAGGUGCACAUUAUUCGCUGACAUUUGCGUGUAAACAAGGACGCCUUCAAAUCGACAGAUGACCCCAGGUCGCUCAAAAUGGCGACUGCUUCACCAGCUGGGCUGACGGAAAGUGUACCUUCCGGUGCCGAGGGAUCUUCAAGGCCGCCAUCGCGAGGGAAAACGAGACCGACAAGUAACGAUUAUGCUGAGCAAAUUAGAAAGUUGGAGCAAAAUGCAGAAAAAUUGCGAUCUAGCAGCAGUUUGCCAGAUUUAAGCGGUGAUAUUCAAAAAAGUGACGGUGCCGGUGCCAAUGGUGAUCAACCCUCAGCAUUUGGUGUGUCUGGAGUCGCUAGUAAAAUACACGAUGAUUUGGAGUUAAUUAGGACAGAUAUGCAGCAGCAGGUUAGUAAACUAGAUAGUUUUCAAACAGAACUCAGCAAAACUACAACACAGAUGGAUACCAUCAAAGCAGAAUUAAAACAACAGCAGCAGGAGGAUGAAUGUGUAAUACCAAAAGUUACCAAUCCUCUUGAUAUGCUAAGAAGUUUACGAGAAGACAACAGCACUGUCACUGAUCUCAGGUAUAUAAAUACUGGAAUACUCAUCAAAUAUUCACCACUAGAAAUGUCAACAUUUCCAUCAGUUGAUCACCGACUUGCAAAAUUUAGGAUAAUUAUUUUUGACAUAAUGCCAUAA